AUGUCUCGGUCGUCGUCAUUGAAUCAUCGAAGAGGACCCGCGGCCAUCGAGACCAUAAUCAUCCCAGAUAUAUCGAAACAAACUCACCUGACAGAUGCAGAGAACAUUGCGUCUGUUGGCCUUCAGCAGUACCGCCGACCAAUGCGCAGAGGAACGUUUCUGUCAAGAUCGCCUCCAGACAAGAAAUUUUCAGCCGUGACUGGUCUUCGAGGACUUGACGUAAGCGAAGCAGAUGCAACAGGCAUUAUACCUAUAGGAAUGGCACUUGGUAGUCCCUCUCCUGAACGUGGCUCCUGUGGGACUAGAUGGCAACCUCAAGUGACAACCACUGUUACGGCCGGCAAGGGAGGUAGCCAAGACGAACAACAAACAAAGGAUGGGCUUUCUCGAUCCAAGUCUCGUAAAUGGAGUAUUUUUGGAAGAUCCAGGUCGAAAAGAGUCAAGAAUAGUGAUAGGGCCAUGGAUUCUCCAGAUCAAGUUACCACCCCCAGCGAAACACCGACCCGCGGAACGCCAACAUCAGCGGGGUUUCGUGGACCGGGACAUACUGACUUUCGGGAAGCCAAUCCAUCACCAAAGCCAAAGGCCCUCGGAAGAUCAUUUACGGAACCUAUGGCUUCUGAACCGACAUGGUAUCCCCAAGUCGUUUCACCUCCGGCCAAAACACAAACCGCUACGGACGGCACGCGUCCUCGACAACGAGAACCUAUACGUAAAAACAUCAAUACUUUUAGCGGGGAGCCCUUUCUUGACGUUGAAAUACCAAACAUCACCCUGGAUAGAUAUAGUGUCAUGUUUGCUAGUCUUCUUGAACGCCGCAGUGCGACAUCUCUCCUCGCCCGUCGACAAGUCACACAGGAUAAGAUACGCGCACUUCGCGAAGAGGCUGCUGGCCCUGGCCACCGGAGCGCAGUCUCGCGCACACGACGUAAACAAAGCGUGGACCGAGACUUGCCACCGAUUCCUUCAUUGAGACUCGAGCCGCUACAAGCAACUCGGAAAAACCGGCCAAAGUUCCACCAUCGGUCGAAUACAUCCGCUGGCAUUAUGUACACACCUUCGAAGGAGACGUUUACGGAUUCACAUGCCCGCGAUGGAGAACAAGGAAAGUCAUCACAUAUAGUGAGACUAGCAUCCCUUAAGGGAAGAGAAGCUAGUAUCGGCAGCGGGAUCUCCCAGCAAGGUCACAGACCACAUCUCCGAUCCAGGUUCCACAUACGGUCACCGACGCACAAACAUUCAGGAUCCAAGUCACCGACUAACAGCAGCUUUGAUCUGUCGGAUGAAUAUCUUGAAGAAGGUGGACUAUCCCCUCCGCCGGCCAGGGGCCACUCUCAAAGAAUAGUCAACUCAUCGCAGUCAAAGAAAUGCCCUCCAACACUACAACAAGCCACCACGGCACCCAUACCUUCCACACCUGCUUUCCAGGGCAGCCCAAGCCCGAGUAGUCCCUUGGGGGAAGAGCUAGACGAGGAUGAAGACAAAGCGGUGCAGGACGCCGUCAAGAUAUCUAUCGCUCGUCAAAUCAGCGUAUCUCGCGAACAGCGCCGAAUGCUAGGCCCGCUACAAAUGCACCCAACAGAAGGAAAGCGAAUAGCUGAGACGAAGAGCUCUACACCGCGAUUGGUUGAUCCAAGGGUAGAUCCGUCAUCUCCCUCCGCAGGGUGUAGGAAAAGCGAGUGGGUGGUGCUGGAGAGCGUAUGA